AUGUCUUUGUACAUCAACGAAGCUAGUGGUAUUGACGAAUUGACUGUCGUCGGUUCUCAAGAAGCACCAUUCAAGACUCCAGCUUUUGCUUUAUAUGCUUCUCAAGAAGCCAGCGCUACUGCUGAAGAACCAAAAUUAUUUGUGUUCAAGACAGAAGAAAAUUCAUACUUAGAAAUCAGUCCAUCUGCUUUAAAGAAGGCUCGUAAAGGCUGUGAUGGUUUGAAGAAGAAGUUGCUAAAACAAAAGGAACAAGAAUUGAAAAAACAAGAACAAGCUGCUGCUAACGCAGCCAAGCAAAUGGCAGCUUUGAACAUAAAGGUUGAAGAGGAUAAAUCUUUACCACAAGCUAAGAAAGUUAAAAUUGAUAAAUCUUAUGGUUUAUUGGAUCAAAGAGUUAAAAUCUCUGGUUGGAUACAUAGAAUGCGUUCAAACAAGAAAGUUGUAUUCAUCGUCUUGAGAGAUGGUACUGGUUAUAUUCAAACUGUCUUAUCUGGUGAUUUGGCCCUAGCUCAACAAACUUUAGAUUUAACUUUAGAAUCUACAGUUACUUUAUAUGGUACCAUCGUUAGUGUCCCAGAAGGUAAGAGUGCUCCAGGUGGUGUUGAAUUAGUCGUCGACUACUAUGAAGUUGUUGGUUUGGCUCCAUCUGGUGACGAAGCCAUCACUAACAAAAUUGCAGAAGGUGCUGACCCAUCCUUAUUGUUAGACCAACGUCACUUAGCCUUGAGAGGUGAAACUUUAUCUGCUGUUAUGAAGGUCCGUGCCUCUCUAUUGAAAGCCAUCAGAAGAGUCUACAUAGAAGAAGAUAUCACUGAAGUUACUCCACCAUGUAUGGUCCAAACACAAGUUGAAGGUGGUUCAACUUUAUUCAAAUUAGAUUAUUACGGUGAAGAAGCUUACUUGACACAAUCUUCCCAAUUAUACUUGGAAACCUGUUUACCAGCUUUAGGUGAUGUUUACUGUAUUCAAGAAUCUUUCCGUGCUGAAAAAUCUCACACCAGAAGACAUUUGUCUGAAUAUACCCAUAUUGAAGCUGAAUUAGCCUUCAUUGACUUCAACGAUUUAUUGCAACACAUCGAAACUUUGAUCGUUAAGAGUAUCCAAUACGUUUUGGAAGACCCAAUAGCUGGUCCAUUAGUUAAACAAUUGAACCCAGGUUUCGUUGCUCCAAAGGGUCCAUUCAUGAGAUUAGAAUACAAAGACGCCAUUACAUGGUUACAAGAACACGGUAUCAAGAACGAAGAAGGCAACGACUUCCAAUUCGGUGACGACAUUGCUGAAGCCGCUGAAAGAAAGAUGACCGACACUAUCGGUGUCCCAAUUUUACUAAUAAGGUUCCCAGUUGAAAUCAAAUCUUUCUACAUGAAACGUUGUUCCGAUGACCCUCGUGUCACUGAAUCCGUCGAUGUCUUAAUGCCAACUGUUGGUGAAAUCACCGGUGGUUCAAUGAGAAUUGAAUCCACCGAAGAAUUGAUGGCCGGUUUUACUCGUGAAGGUAUCGACUCUAAGGCUUACUACUGGUUCAUCGAUCAAAGAAAAUACGGUACUUGCCCACACGGUGGUUACGGUUUAGGUACUGAACGUAUCUUGGCUUGGUUAUGUGACAGAUUCACCGUCAGAGAUUGUAGUUUGUACCCACGUUUCAGCGGUAGAUGUAAACCAUAA